AUGAGAGACAUCGAAUUCGUCGACGACAACGCCUCCUUCGCCUCCUCCAGCUGCAACUCGUCCGUGUCCCUGUCCUAUCGAAACCACGGCCUGCGCCGACAGCGCACCUUCCGGCGGCUGUCGCGAUGGGUGUCGAAACGGACGUCUCGGCAGUUCGCCUACGACAGCCGCAUCCGUCAGACAGAGCCCGUUGACGAUGUCUCUGACACGUACGCCGCGUUCUGCAAUGAGUUUACCGCGUCGGGGGGGUAUUACCAUUAUCGACAGAAUAUGACAGAAGAGGGCAAUGUGUCGGACGAUGUCGACAGCCCUAGAACAAAUCACUCCAGACCAGAUGCGACUGUUCCUGCACCUGCAGAUAGCAGCGCGAAAAAUCAUCCACUCCCUCUCUCAGACCGUCUCUUCAUUGCAAGCCCGCCACGGAGCAUCAUGGACAUCAAUCUCGAGGCCAAGCAUACCUACGCAUAUCCGUCCUGGCCGCGGAUGACCCAGCCUCAUGCUAUACUUGAGGAGCAGCAGCAGCAGCAGCAGCAGCGGAACAACAACCACCUACAUCGCAUCCAUCGUCAUCAAAGCCAUUAG